AUGCCGCAAGCUGUUCACUCUCUCACCUCUCGGCUUCGACGCAAAAAGAAGGAGAAGGAUGAUGCCGCAAAGGACUGCGAUGGCGACAAAGACAACUGUGGGAAAGGCAGUGACACAGCCAACGCGACGGACAGCAACAAGGCCGCUGCCAGCAGCAGCAUCGGCCCUAGCAACGGCAGGGAUAGAUCCAAGGAGGGUCUGGCAGCGGCCGUGGGUGCUGCCCUCCUUGUUGCUUCCGAGCAGCUGGACGCCCUGAGACGGCAGCUGCACGCCUGGCAGUUGGAGCAGCAGCAGCAGCUGCAGCAAUCGCAUGCCGAGGCACUUCCCGAGGAGCUCCCCACGCAGCAGCUGCCGGUGACAGAGCUGAGUGCGAACGCUGUUUCUGCUGCAGCCAAGAAGAGGCUGCGGGAUGUCGCUGGAAAGCCCCCAGAAAUAGCGGAGGACCAGCUUGCGCAUGCCGAGGCCGGAGUGGAGGCCUUUGUGGAUCGUGAGGUCGAAGGGAUGUUUCAGCAGCAGAUGCAGCAUCAGAUCUUGCUGCUGCUACAAGCGUUUUUUUCCCGCGGCUCUGCUGCAGACACUACGGGUGCUGCUGCCGCUUCUUCCGAGGAAGGCCGUGGCACCUCCGCAGCAACGCCUGAGCACCGCCUGGAAGCAGCAGCAGUCGCAGUGACGCAGCAGUUCAAUGCCCUGGUGCAGCAGUGUGUACCGUCUCCUCAGGUGAGAGAGCGAUGGCGAUGCAGCGCCCUGCAGCAACUGCUGCAGCAGCAGUUGCUGCAGCAGGCCCAGCGGAUGCAACAGCAGCGGAGUGAGCAGCAGCAGCAAGCAGAGACGCUCUUGCGCGUUGUGCAACAGCAACAUGGUUUGGUGCAGCAGCUGCAGCAGCAGCUGCAGCAAGAGCACCAGCCUCGGCCUUUUUCCUUAGGGGCGGCCUACAGGGUCCCAGACAGCAACUUGCAACUCUCAGCAGCAAUGCGGCAGGGCAGGCUGCAGGUUAACGUCACGUGCGUGCCUGAUGAUGCUCCCGCCGCGGCAUCAGGCGUCCUAGGUCAGCAUGGUUUUGUGAAGGGCAUCGAGGGUUUGGGGAACCUGGGUAUCAGUUGCUCCUUCUCCGUGUGA